AUGCAGUGGAGUGAUGCGUGCGGCACCGGCUACGAGCCUCCUGGUAUCGCAUUAAAUCAUUUACAAACUCUGUCGCGAUCAGACAUGCGGUGGGGUCGACUGACUUACGCUCAAUUGAUAGAUGAGGAAUUCUUGGCCAAGCAGUUAAGACGUCUGGAUUGUACUCAAGAGGCCCGUCGGUCAGGUCGAUUAGCAUUAUUGGAAACAAAAGAGAUGUCGUUAGACAAGAGUAUUCGUCAACGCCUAAUGGCAGCUCAGUUAAAAGCAAGUCGAGAUGCAUCAGAUGACGAUGAGGUCGAAGCGAAAGUGGAGACGACGGACUUGUUCAAUACUUUUCAUGGUGGAAAAAAACGUGAGCUUUUGAUCGCUCAAUGUGUGCUUGGAAAUUUGCAGCAACCAGAAUUGGCAACGCUGAUGACUACGAAACUAAAAGAGGCCCUUAGCCGGCUGUGUACGUUUCCUAAUCCAAUAUAUCGACUGAUUUUCUUACGGCGGCAACUAAUCAAGAGCAUGCACGAGGCAACUGCAUUCCAACAUCGACAGUGGAAAGCAACGAUGGAAAAGAACGUUCAUCUUGUUCGAUGUAUGGAAAUGAGUUUGCAUCCGUCGGCAGAUGAGAUUCAGAUCGGUUCGACAGAUUCUACGGGAAUGAUCGGGACAAUUAAACACAAAGCAAAAGUGUUUCGAGAAGCCAUCAUAGGUCUUCAGAUGAUGUUGUGUAUACUAGAUGGAUAUAAUGAUUCUACAGUGACUACAGGAACUCAGAAACGUGAGUUUCUUGCGAAUUUGCUGCUAAUGUUACACGAAAUCGCCCCCCUGGCUCUCUGUACUAGACGAGGUAACUCGUCUAGUUAUAAUUUUAAUUUGCCACGGUCGUCAUCUACAUCCAAUGCCGCGACAAUUGCAGAAUUUAUUGAAAAAGUUCAGAAAUUUCUAAUCCUCAUGUGUCCACGGCCAAACACUCUUUCACUAACGUCUCCACGACUACGAGCGAUCUCCAAGACUAGUGAGUCGGAGGUUCUUGAUCGCACUAAUGCUAUAGAUGGAUUAAUUCACCUCGCCGCAGCGACAGGCUCCGUACGCGACUUUUUGGUGGUACUUAAAGUUCUUCUCGGUGCGACUAACUCCGUACUGGAUGCUGGAAGAAGUGAGUCUCAUAUCACGCUUUCGUCACGCGCAUUAUACACUGCAUCAAACCCAUCACUUCCAUCUAUGUAUACUAGUGAAGUGCUUUCACCAGAUAUUGACAAUCACUUGACAAAGUCUAAGAGAUCACGACCAAAUUCAUGUAAAGUGGCGAACGGACAUUUACUAAGUGCGCGAGAGAUCAAAGACGAUACACUGUUAGACGCUAGCAGAAAAAAAGGUUUAUUGAAAGGGAUCAAGGUAGAAGCGCCCAACAUUAGCGUUUCCAAAGAAAAUAUUGCUACACUUCCUUCGGGCGUUUCGCACCAUCGCCCAUUGUAUACUAGUCGUGGCAAAAAUUUUGUCAGCAAAUGCUUUCCAACGAAAAUCGAGCUGAAAGAUGCAAUGAAAUUGGGAAACUUUAGUCCUUCGGUUGAUGUUCCCGCGAUGAAGGAGACGCUAGUGCGAGAUUCACCCAUGUGUACACCGAUUGGUAUUGCGAGAUGCCCAAAAAUUAAAAAUCUCAAUGUCCGAUCCGUAUUAAUUGGAUUGGAUGGUGUAAAGCCUUGUUGUCCUAAGCAAGCUUCACACGGAAAUUCACAGAGCUAUAACUUUUGCAACGUUAUUACUGGUCCGAACACACUUGAAGAAGACGAAAGAGAUCGGGAGGUUUGGAGUUGUGGACAAAAUUCAUAUGGAGAACUUGGACAUGGAGAUACAACAUCGCGUAAGUCAUUUCAACGGAUUCAGUCACUUCAACACAAAGAAAUUAUUCAGAUUGGGGCUGGAAAUGAGCACACUAUAGCACUAACAGUAGAUGGUCGAGUCUUCACUUGCGGAUAUAACGACAAUGGUCAGUGUGGUCAGGGUGUGACGUCCAGAGUGGCUGUUUGGAGCGAAAUCCAUGAACUAGGUGCAAUCAACAUCACGCAAGCUCACGCGUAUAACGGAUGUGAACAUACGAUUUUUGUCACCUUGGACGGUCAGGUCGUGACUUGUGGAUACAAUUAUCGUGGCCAGCUCGGUCAUGGAAAUACUGCAAGUGAAAGUGUUCCAAAAGUGAUUCAAAGUUUGGAUAAUAAGAUUGUUCGGUUGGUGUCGUGCAGUUAUUACCACACAAUUUUGACCUGUGAAGGAGGAGACAACGGGCAACCUUUUGUUUUUACUUUUGGGCGGAACGAUUACGGUCAGUUGGGACAUAAUGACACGAUUGAUCGUAAGAUCCCUCAGCGAAUCGAGGCAUUGAAUGACGAGCAAAUCGUCUCAGUUGCUUGUGGACAAUAUCACACGAUGGUCGUGACUGCAGGAGGUAAAUUAUUUGCAUUUGGCAAGAAUGACUAUGGCCAGUUAGGUGUUGAUUCUUUCGAGAAUCAAGUAGUUCCAGUGCAAGUAAAAGCUGGACUUGAAAAUCAAGAGUGUCUUGAAGUUCGAUGUGGUUACUAUCAUACGAUUGUUCGGUGUACUGGAGCGCAUUUAUAUGCCUUUGGACGAAAUGAUUACGGACAACUUGGUCUUGGACGUCCUAAUGCAAGGGCAUCUGCUAUUCUUCAGCUCCAGCAACAACGCUUCUCGUAUGCUAAUUUAAUUGAAGAAUUGGAAGGCAAAGAAAUUAUUCGAUUUGCUUGUGGAUGUUACCAUACCAUUGCUGUAUCAGACAAUGGCGUCUUAUAUGUUUUUGGACGAAAUAAUCACGGACAAUUAGGAACAGGGGACACAACUGAGCGAAUGUAUCCAUUUCCGAUUGAUGAUUUUGCUGGCAAACGAGUCGCUCAGGUAGCUGCUGGGUUUUAUCAUACGGUUUUACUCACAGGUGGAAUUGAAGACGAGAAAAUGGAACAAGAAUUGGUAAGAAAUAUCACGGGUGAUACAUCUAGUACGCUUGGUUGCAAGGGAAUCGAUCAUUUGACGAUUCUUUCGAGUCCGACCAUUGAGAAUUGGCUAGAUCCAUCUAAGAAAUCGGAAAAUAAGUCCGUAGGUACCCUAGAUGUGGAAAAGGGAGAAGCUUUUGAUAAUGAUACUCGAGAUGAAGACCAUCAAUCACCUGGACAAUCUGAUGCAGAAACUUUGAUUGAGUUGUUCUCAGAUGAUGCUCUACUUGUCGGUCUUGUCAUUCUUGCGCAGCUUGACCGUCUAUGUCAACCAUUUCUUCCAAAACCAGGGAGCUAUCCUAUGUUACAACAUCCUUCACUAAGUGUCAUCGAAAAGCUUAUCAAAGCUAAAGGACCAUCAUUUGACACAAGCUAUGUGUUUGAAGAAAGUUUUGAGGUCUUUGGAAUUCAUACAUGCAGCUCAACGUUUGAAAGUCUUGCCAUCCUGCUCAAGCACAUUAGCACUCGAAAGAUUGGAAAAUCUUCUCGAUUUGCGUUGGCCAUAAAGCCGAUCUCAACCUCACACCUUCAAGCGUAUAUGCUUGCUGCAUUGAUCCGAAUAUUGCAAGCUAAUUUAUCGCAGCUUCUGCGGUCAAGUUUAGCAAAGACAACGAUGUUAUUAUCUACCGAAAUGUCAUCACCAAAAGAGCCCACAAUCGAUGUCAAGGGCUGGGUGAACGAGCUUGACCAAACACGUUUAGCAAUUCUACAAAUCCGAGACGUUUUAUUCUCGCUUGUCGACAUCAGACGCCGAAGAAAUGUUUGCUAUGCCCUCGAUGGAAUAGCAGAUGAAGAAGGGAAUACCCUACGAAUUGCAGAGGAAGCGAUCGCUACAUUAAUGGAAGGAUAUGAGAUUUUCUUUCCGUGUAAAUGUCUAAGGCGUCAAUUUUUCUUUCACGUAAUGCAAGAAAACAUGAAUCGAGAUGGGUCAAAAUAUUUAUGUGGAUUGCAGUGUCGAAGUGAUCUGUGGCAAAUUGAAAUGUUUCCAAAAUCAAGGAAGUUAUUGCUUGAACCCCUUUUGAAUCGAAUGACUGAAGAUGCCCUUAUCGUCCGAUGUUUGCCCCUACAAUCACAGUUAGAACCAUCUCAAACAUCGUUGAUGCAUGAAAUGUACCAGACGGUUUUUAAUCGUAUUGCGACUGAGUUUUCUCAACGUCUAGGAAAUGUGGUCGGACUUCAAUCCUCGUCAAAGAUUUCGCCAAGACCCAAAUCUGCGCAAGCAUUUUUUCGCAUGCUUCAAGGGAUGCAAAAGCAUCUUGCUAGUUGGGCUGCGAGCGUUCAAGAUUGGAUUAUAGAAGACAGUGUUUCUGAGCAGUCAAGCGCUUACAUCGAAUCAAAAGUUGCUUAUCUAAUUGAUCGGACUUUUCGCGUCGAUAAAAAUGACUUAUGCCAUGUUCCAGCGCAGUGGCGCUGCUUUCUCGAGUUUACAUUGAUGGCGUUACAACAGUGCAGCGAAGUGCUACGUCAAAUUUUAUCAAUGAAAUCACUUCCCAGUCCGACUCGAGGAUACACCUACAGUGCCGAACUCGAUAGUGAAAAAAGAUUGAAAAUUUUCGAGACAGUCGAGCUCUCGGUUGUUGGCCAGCUUUUGCCGUUGCUGGUGGUUCAUUUACUUGGUUUCAGUAAUAAUACUUUGUUUGCUACAGCUUUGCUGCCUACAUUGAAGACUUUACUAAAAUUUAUUGAUGCGUUCAACCAGCUUGAUCCUGCUGCAGAGAGUGCAGAGACGCAAUAUGUCGAAAUGAUGGCAUCGUGUGCAAGCUUUAAAUCAUCUGAGGAAGAAGCAAUCGUACUGGAAACUACUCGACGCGAAAGUGAAUGCACGUUUAAUCCCUCUCAAGAUAUCAAAAGUAUUAGCUCAACAGGAAUGACAUCGUCGAAUGUGAUGGCACUUCCGUGGAACUUCCGGCUGGAAAAAGAGGUGGCAAUUCUAACUACUGAAAUGGCAAUGACACUUGUGGUUGGUAACCCAAUUUUCACAUACUCGAAUGUUACGAGUGAUCAUGACAAAUCCAGCACUCAACAAGUCUCAAAUCGCUGGACAAACAGCUCAUUACUUCAAGGAGGACUAAAGCCGAAUAUUGUGGCUCAAAGCAUUAAUCGUAGAAGCUUUAAUAGUCGUAUCGUUCAGCAUACGCCGUUUCCAACACCCGAAAGCUCGCCGUUCUCGUUAAUUCUUCCUCCGACUCUCGACGACGAACGAGUUUUGCCUCUGUGGCAAGUACCAACUAAUCAGAACUAUAGAGAAAUUUUUGGUUCUCUUUCUAUUGAAACUUUUCUCAUGUCAUUCCACUACCAACGUGAUUUUGAGACUCAAAAUGAAGCCAUCGCAGCAGCAACGACACUGUGUACUUGGAUCCGAGACAACUAUUGUAAGAAAGACCCGUCAUACCGAAUGCUCGUACGGCAGUCUCAGCUCGCAAUAAAUUCCAAUGCAAUAUUGCAAUCUGUGGAAAUUCAGAAAAAUGAUCUUCGGAUUGAAGCUGCUUGUUUUGCAGCACUUAUUCAUCAUAGCCUGGUUGGAGUUCACGCGUAUCACUUUGCACUAAUGCUGCAACAAUCUGCGGAGGAAAGACGGUCAGCGCCUCCAAGAACUUUUAUCUUUCUAUGGCAAACUGUUGCUCAAUUACGGCGAAAUUUGGCUGCUCAAAAGACUAAAAUCAAAAACAAUUUCCAUUUAGAUUCCGACACUUCUCAAGAAAGAUCGUUUGAUCGCAUUGUUGCUUUACAACAAACAAUUUUGGAUCGGUGCAAGCUUUUGCUGCUUUUGGACGUAUACGAAGAGCAAGAGCAUUGUAAUGUCCAAUUAGAUGCUGGCUAUAUCGCACCAUAUGACCCUGCAUUCCUCGUAUUUGUUGACUCAACAUGCAAAUUUACUGCAUCAUCCGCUAAGCGGCACCUUUAUACUACUUAUACAGACGAAAACCUACCGUUUUUGAUUGCAUUUCCUUUGUCAAAAUGGAGAAUACUUCGAACGGCAUUUCACUCUAUACUUCGAUGGAAGUUUACAUGUCGAGUUUCCUUACGUCAAGUCUCACAGGAAAUUUUAGCUUUCAUAUUAUCUGAUGAGCCUGUGUCGUCUCUCAACGCUAUUAGUAAAUUGCUAAUUGAUCCAUGUCGUCGUGUGAGCUGCUCUACUCGAGGACUUGAAAAUCUGCAAGAUCUAAUCACGAUGGUUUCGUAUGAUUCAAUUCAAGCAGACAUUGUACAUCAAAUAUCACAAGUUUUUGUUUUGCAAUCGUCGACUUUGUCUAUCUUGACACGAUCUUAUGCCGUUGGAUACUUUUACUUAAGUCUUCAGAACGAAACAUUUGCGAACUUAUUUGGAAAACUGACCGAAAUUAUGACUGACAAGGCUGCUAGGCUUGUGAAUUCUAAAGACAGUAGUACGAAAUCUACUAUUUUAACUUUGACUCUGUUUUUAAGUGCAUGGGGUAUUCAUUUUGACAGAAAACAAUUUGAGUCAGUGAGUGAUAUUGGAGUUUUAAACGUUAUUCAAGAGCUUAUGCAGAAUCUCACAAAUCGAGAUGAAGGUAAUAGCUGCAGUGAAAUGUUAUCGUCAGGUGAAGGUUUUGUGAAUAAAAGAGUGCAACAAACAUCGCGAUCGAAUUAUUUCUCCCAGAAUCAGCUCGCUCGUCUGAGAAAUACAUUGUGGAUCGUGUUUCGAAACAUUUGUAUACACUUUGCAGUGCAAACCAAAACAUCACUCAACAGUCAAGAUAUUGACGUACCUACCUUACCGGUCUGUUCUUCUGUUGUACAGCUCUUACUUGAUGAAGCAGUCUCAAUAUCCAAUCACUUCUUAGACUUCUAUCGAAUUAAGCAGAUAGAAUUGACUUCUUCUGUACCUGUGGCAGCUCGAAGAAGUUUCGAGGUCAUUUCACAACCACGACGCUUUUCUUGUAAAAACAAGGGUAUCAUCGUUAGCUACGAUGAUAUGAUUUCUUCUUCCAGAUCGGAUUUGAAUCCACCGAUGUCCCCUUUGCUUAAAUCUAGCGAAUUUAGUGUGACAACCUGGCUCUAUAUUAACACUGAAUUGAACCGAAGAACCAACUGUCAUGAAUUGCCGGACGAUUUCCACGAUCAUCAAUUGGUAUUUUUGCGUGGGGCUGGGCGUGAGAUAGCGCUAUAUCUAGUACUCGUGCCUGAAAGUGUUGACAAUUGGCGAAUAGAGGUGGGAAUUACCAUGCAUAUUAAUCAAGACAGUGAGGUCGGGAGUUUUGCUGGUAAAUGUCGGAUGUUGGAGCGAGUGGUGUCGAAACAAGUUGUUGCUUCGGGUACUUGGAGUCACGUGGCUAUAGUACUAGAAACCACCAAAAUACAUCUUUACUUAAAUGGUAUUCUCGACUGCCAAUGCUCUCUGGCUGCCCAAAAUUCUCUUAUUUGGGCCACUGGAAGUGUUAAUCUCCCCCUUCAUUUCGGUCGAUUCCCUUCAGUUUUCUCCAUGGAUCGAUUGGCUCAUUCAGUUUCGUCAGCAAUUCAGUUUUUGCCUUGUUCUCUUGGGAUCAGUAAUGCUGCCGGCUGGGAAUUGACAACAACAUUGUCAAACAAUGCAAUAGAACAUAAAACGAAAAUGCUUCGCUGCUUUGAUGGUUGGUUAAGCCACUUCCGCUUUCACAAUCGCUCGUUAUCUCCAAUUCACGUACGAGUUGUAUUCGAUGAAAAAAAACUCGCCACUAUUGUCUCUUCAGAUGGUACUCAGCAUUUAAGAAUCAUGGAGCUUCAUGCGCUGAUCAUGCUGCUCAGCUCUUCGUCUGAGGGACUUGUUCACUUUUCUUCUCAGUUUUCAAAAUGGGUUCAGUUGAUUUGGAGAACCUUUCUAGAAAGUAAUUUGGUAUGUAUACAGCAGUCUUCCUUACGUGUGCUUGGCGCUUUGCUACCCCUAGGAGAUCCAAUGAAAGCCUCUAACGUGCUUGUACAUGACGAUCCAAUGACGCUAGACAACUUUGGUUUUUAUACCUAUGACAAUCUUUUCGUGCAACAAAUCAUUCGAAUGAUUGGAUUUUGCUUAUAUAAGUGUCCGUACAGGAUCGCAGGUGAAUUUGAUAGUAAUACAACAGUAGUGCCGUCGUCAUUAAUGAUAGCUCGAAACAUCCAUAUCAAUCAAUUUUCUCUUGAUAUUCACGAUAACUUGCAUCAAAAAACAGAGCUGCAAAGUAACAUUGAGGAUCAAUAUCAAUCAUCCAGGCGCCAAAGUUCAGUGUUAGCUAACGAGCUCAAUUAUCUUCUACAGAAACUAUUUAAAUGCUCGAAUGCGUCGUGGAGUCAAGGCAUAAUCCGUACAAUAUCUCACAGUACUCAACAUUGCUUAAGCUUUCAAACGAAAUUGAUACCUUCUGAAGAUCGCUUUCUACAAUUUGGAAAGCACAAUCUUCAUUUUUCUACACUCAAAUACGUAGAAUCGGUGGGAUGCUCUUAUUAUUUAAAUGGAGGUGCAGAGUUUCUACGACCAGGUCUUACAGUGGAGCUACGAGGAUCGAGGGAUCGCGCCCACGUGGUAUCGCUCGUAUCUCUACCCGAUACCAAUAAUUUACCACAUUCAUUAGCAUACGUUCAAAAGGAUCACGGACCAGCACAUAAAACCUGGAGUAAUUUGAGCUGGUACGACAAAGUCUUUAGUCCAAGCUGCAAUGUACAGCUAUCGAAAGUGAACAUUGACGAGCUUAAUCCGACUCAAGUGACUGGUGCCCAUCAAACGUAUUCAACUGUUAUCUACGAUGUUGCGUCACAUCCUAAAGGUGGCAGAGUCUUACAAACAUUAGUGGAGAAGGCAGCUAAGGUCAUCCCUGUCGUUUAUAAUACAAAAGGUAACGUCCAGUCACAAGGCAACGGGUCAAAAGAUUCUUUCAAUUCUGUACGUAAUGGUGCAAUGCUGCUGAAAGCUUUAGUACAAGUGGCUGCCACUGAAGCAGGAGUCGACCACCUUCUUGCAGAACCAGCACUACUGGAGUUUAUCACUGAGUUAGCUGUUCGUGAAGACAAAAACAUCGAGCAUUUAACUCUUUAUCAAACUGAAAUGUGCGUGAAUGCCUUACGUCAUGAAGUCUACACUGCAUUGAUUGAGCUAGAGGAGGAAGGGGAGGCAGAACUGGCAAGUACGGCUAAUUGCGAGAAUGACAGUAGUGAAGUGGGACUAAGUGAACGUACGACUUUGGGUCGAAAUGUCUGGGAAGAAGAGCAAGUAAUUGAGACGUCAAGAUAUCGAGAAAGUCCAAGCUUUUGUCUAAAGUUGUACAAUAGCGAAGAAGUCGAUAGGGAAGAGAAUAGGCGAGCUGACGAGACUUGGGAUCAAUUAGACGCUAACGAAGAGGAAUAUGAAGACGAGGAUGAAGACGAAAUCUUUGAUGGAACUGACGGGGAGAAUGAUGAAGAAGAUGAGGAUGAAAGCCAAUUUGAGCUCGUGGAAGAAUUAAUGCUAAUGGGAUUUCCUGAAGACUGGUGUAUACUUGCCCUGAAACAAACUGAAAAUGAUAUUGUAAAUGCAUCAGCUUGGAUUGUUGACAAUCUCGAGUAUUUGAGUAAAUUGCAGUCAACAUUGGAUAAAGAAAAGAAUCGAAAUCAAGGAAAGUUUCGGUGUGAUGAGGAAGAAGACGAUGUCGUGCCUUAUGAUGAUCGCUUGAGUGGUCAGCCUCAGCUCCAAUCUCUUGAAACUUCGAUACAGUCUGCAACAAAAAAUGACGACAUCGAAAGUGGCUCGAAGUUUACUUCACAGGCAUUAAGCUUACAACAAAGUUUCAAUGUUCCCAUAUUAAACGAUAAGGAGAUGGGACGAAAAGUAUUUGGCGAAAUGUAUUUUCCGUUCGAAGAAGGAGGAUUUUUGUUUAAUGCCAAAUCACGUUUCAUGCGCUCGUGGAGAGCUGGAUCGAUUGAACUGAAAGAGACGCUAAUGGUGAAUUCCUCUCCACAUAUUUCAAAUCGUGCUGAAGCUUCAAGUGCUUCGUUUGAAGAGAAUUUUGAUACAGAAAUCAGGCAUUUGGAUCUAAAGCAUCUUGGAAUGAAACUUUGGACUUUGGAAAAUACUUUGUCCCUUAUGUAUGCUCGACGGUGUAUCGUGACUUUUCUACAUAAUUUAAUAACAUCACAAAGAGGAAUAUCAUCAAUGCAAACUUGGAUUUCAUGUGAACAGUGGUUAAAGCUUUUGAAACUCGUUCUACUACGUGGGGAUCAAUUUACGAUUGAUUCAAAACGAACAAGGUAUCCGCUAGAACUAUCGAUUGAUCAAGUGUUUUCAAAGGCGUUUCAAUACUUUGUAGAUCAGGAUUUGGCGACAACUGCUGCGGCUGCUUUUAAAUUUUGUCUGGAGCAACUUGAAGCUGCAGCGAUGGAAAAAGUUUAUGAGGCAACUUUGUGGACACAACGAAGUUUAAUUCGCUCUGACCAGAAAGUAGGACAGGAACCAGCCAUUGAACUUGUUGUUUGGCUUCUCGAUUUGCUUUUGGCUAGUCCAAACUUUAUAGUGAUAUCCCUUCCUUUAGACUUUCUCAAAGGUGUCAUGCACCAAUUACGCUGUUGCCUCGGCACGACCAAUUUGCCAACAAAAUUCAUUGUGCUCCGGACAAUCAGUCGUUUAAUAAGGAUUAUGGACACUGGUAAACACGAUAUUGUGCAAGACUCGCAACUGGUGGUCAAAGAUUUCAUAGCUGCUGCCAAUUUGCGGCACAACCGGGAGUUAGGUCAAGGUCGGUUGGUUUUUUCACAGUAUCUCCAAAGCUAUAUCGAACUUCUUUGUGUGUUGAAAGGCUUUAUGAAUGACUUCCACGCGACAAGUGCUAAAGAUGUUUUAGAUACAAAAGCCCAGUCGCUGGUAUCAUUCCAAUCCCUAAGUACCCCGCAAAGUGACGGAAUUUCGCUGCAAUUUAAUCGCAAACGAAGCUGCAGUAGCUUGUUGACUAUUGCUGAAGAUGAUCAAAGUGCUAUAUAUCAUGGUAACGAAGUCUGGAAUACGGCUUGUUCCACCAUUGGAUUUUCGACUGGAAUCCACUCGUGGUUGGUUUCCAUUGACAAGUCAAAUUCACCUUAUCUCUUCGUAGGAGUAGCAGCUCGGCAAUCGAACAUGGAUUCGUAUCUUGGAGCAGACGAUCAAUCAUGGGGAUUUAUAGGAGACAAAGCACUCUACUAUCAGCGCAACCGAUUACGAGCAUAUGGAGAAUCAUUUAAAGAAGGCGAUUGCAUAGGCGUUCGUUUAGAUUGUGAAAAAGGCGAACUAUCUUUUAGCAAGAAUGGCGAGGAUUUGGGCUUGGCUUUUGAAAAUGUUGUCGGAGAAAUUUGUCCUGCUGUUGCAUUUUUCUCUAGACAUCAAAAGGUCUCUUUUAUCAAGAAUAGCUGUGUCAGUAGUGGUGGUAAUGAAGCUUGGAUUUCUUCGACUGGUGAGGAAGAGCACGGAAGUAUUCAUGACUGCUUAACAGCUUGUGAGCUAAUGUCAAAUUGGGUAAAGAAAACUUCGAUGUGUUCUACAUUAGCUGCUGCUGCAUUUGCUAUGACUACAGAUUGGCUUCGAGGUACCAAGAAGUUUGUGACAACGCGAUCCGGUAAAUCACUAUGGGUUGAUGUUACGAGAGAAUCAUGUGAGAAACUUGGUUUUUACUCGGGAGAUCGUGUGCGUACACCUCGUGGAAACGCGAUAGUUUUGGGGGUUGCAAAUGACAGACUUUGGGUUGAUGUGGACACUGAAUCUGGAUCGUGGUUCUUUCAUCCGUCGAAAUUACAUAAGCUGACGUCUGCAAAGACAACUUUGCUAGAUUCUAUAGAACUUGUAAACUCGGAUAUCUCCAAUCCAGCACUUGAAAGUGAUCCAUACUUGAAAAGAGACGAAAAAGAAUGUAAACUUGACGUUGACGAUUCCACUUUGGAAACUCCAAUGCGUCAUUUGAUAAUCACACAACAAGAACUCACAGAAUUUGGUGAACAUUCUUUGUGGACCGUUGCAGUGGAUCGUGAGUUGAUAGCUGUGGUUAAUGAUUUCUGUGAAACGUCACGUAUCAAUCCGUGGAAUUUAACACCAUUUCAACUUCUAAAUGUUGUUUGUGGAAAGACUGCUGUCUUGGAGCUAACUUCUGUUGCUGCUGUGCUUGCCAUGCCCCGCGAGAUAUGUGAAAAGAUGAUUAUCGCGCGUUUUGCCAUUUUGCGAUAUGCAAACGUUUAUAUUAGUCGAGCUUUACCCUUUUUCGACCUGACGUGGCACUAUUUCCUCCCAGAUUCAAACUCGCUACCAUGUCAACUCAUCUCACAGUGCCGUGGAAGCAUUUUCGUAAGUGUGAAGAAUACUUUCUGGUCUUCUCUAAUGGAUCGAACAGCUCUUUCUUUAAAACGAUCCGACGACGAGUAUGAUUAUCCAGAUGACUUACCACAGCUUCAUGUAAAUCGAAUGAAAGCAGCAGCAGCAAAGUGCCACCAAAGAGAUGAAAGCAGUUUAUUUUCGUCGCUCUUUGGUCAAUCAUUUGAAGAACUUCAUUUCUUGCCUGUGCAAACACUUCGGAUGGUUUAUUCGCACCCGAUGGACGAUGGUCAAUUUCGAACUUUUAAAGUAAGGUUCGAAGGUGAAGGUGUAGAUGAUUAUGGAGGUCCGUAUCGUGAGUUUUUCUCCCAAUUUUUUGCAGAACUACAGAUGCUCUAUGGUCUAGAAAGUGGCAACAAUACAAAGCUGACGACAAAUGAUACUCAUGGUGAAGAACCAAGUGGUUCGUCAGCAAAAUUUGACGCUGGUGGCUCUGUAUCAGCGUGUCUUUUGCCUUUUUUCUUACCAAGUCCAAACUGGCGAAACAGUGUCGGAGCAAAUCGUGAAAAAUUCGUUUUGAAUAGCGCACUGCUCAAGGAUAUCGCUGAAGAAGGCGGUAGUUCGAAAGAGAAGCGCGAACUAUAUUGUGAAAUGUUUCACUUUCUCGGUCAAAUGAUUGGGAUUUGUCUUCGUACUCGUGUUUGUGUUCGUCUUGAUUUCGCAAUGUCAGUUUGGAAACAACUCGUAGCUGAAGACGAUUUGAGCCUCGAGAGUGCACUGGAAACACUAAAAGAAAUUGACUAUGUUGCUUACUCGUUGUGGAAGACGCUACAAGGUAUUUUAGACGACUCCAAAGGUCAAAACAUGGCCAAGCACAUGGAGCAGCUUCAAGCUAUGGAUUUGGUAUUUACGACUGUACUUUCCGAUGGACAAACAGUUGAACUUUGUGAAGACGGUAUCAACACGAGUGUGACAAUGAGUAAUUUAAAAGAUUACAUCAACUUGAUGCUUCAAGCGCGUCUCCAAGAAAGUAGAGACGUAAUUAAUAUAAUCAAACAGGGAUUGCAUUCGAUCAUGCCAGUCUCUGCAUUGUCACUUUUGACUUGGACCGAGUUUGAAAAACGGAUGUGUGGUGUUUCGGAAAUUGACGUCAAAUUACUGAAAGAUAAUACCGAAUAUGACGAAGAAUUGUCCGUUAAUGAUGAAUUUAUCCAGCGAUUCUGGCGUGUGUUGGAAAGCUUUGAAUUGGAAGACAAACGAGCAUUUUUGCGAUUUGUUUGGGCUCGUUCACGGUUGCCUUCGGGUUCAGAGCAAUUUCAGCAAAAGUUUAAGAUUCAAGCACUUGCUUCAUCUGGGAGUGAUGGAAAUAGUGCAUCAAGUACGGCUGGAACAAGUGAACAAUGGAUGGACUCUCAGAUGCCAAAGUCUCACACGUGCUUCUUUGCUCUUCAGCUUCCACGCUAUUCUAGUGAUGAAGUUUGUCGCGAACGUUUCUUGUACGCAGUGCACAACUGUGUCGAAAUGGAUGGCGACUUUCGUCUUGCUGACACAGAAAUCACUGGAUGGACAGAUAUUAAUCCGACAGAUCAGCUUAGAAUUUAG